AUGGGCGGUAAGCUAUCGAGUUGCAUUGGCGAUGACAUCACUGAUUGCUUGCGUGACGUCCUGAACUCCCGCCUUCGAACCUCAAACAGAUUCAUACUCCGACCCCAGCACUGCAGAGAUCAGAGCGUUUCAAAAAACCCGCCUUGUUUUCUCAAAAAGACAGCAAACAAUACACAAGGAGAGAAAUCGCAGAAAACAUCCAACAUCAUCUUCGGCCGUUGUUCGUCCACAAUCCGGACCGUGGGCUCCCAGUCCUUCGCUGCCCCAAAUCUCCCAGGCGUGUUCGCUAACCAUGGGUUUGCCUGUGUCAGGAACCGAUCACUUUCCGUCCGAUCCAAGAAGGGCACCUCUAGUGUCUCCGAGAAGCAGCCGUCGAAGCACCGCUUUACCAUGGCAUCUCUGCGCGGCACACAACAGCCGGAGCUCUCGAAGAAGCUAUACAAGAUCAUUAAGACCGAGAACCACGUGAUUGGCGCCCAUGAGGUCGCAGCGCGCGAACGUGUCGGUGUCGCAAGGCAACUCUCCGAGUGGGGUGAAGCAACCGAGGACGAGACAAUCUCCGAGGUAUCAGACAAGCUUGGUGUCCUCAUGGCGGAGAUUGCAGAGCAAGAGGAUCUCUAUGCGCAAGCUCUGGAGGACUACCGAGGAGUCUUGAAGCAGAUCCGGAACACUGAGAGCUCAGUACAGCCCAGCCGAGACCACAAGGCUAAGAUCUCGGAUGAGAUCGCCAAACUCAAGUACAAGGAGCCUCAGAGUACCAAGAUUGUUCAGCUCGAACAGGAGCUUGUCCGUGCAGAAGCGCAGAGCUUGGUUGCUGAGGCGCAGCUCACCAACAUUACUCGUCAGAAGUUCAAGGAGGCAUACGACCACCACUUUGCAGCAACGAUUGAGCGUGCUGAGAAGCAAAUUAUCUUGGCUAAGCAUGCCCGUCGACUUCUGAAUCUCGUCGAUGACACACCUGUCGUUCCUGGAGAUUUGCACCCUCCUUUUGCAGGUACAGAGGAAGCUCGACAAGUGCUCAACGACGCUGAAGAUGACCUCCGCAACUACGAGUUGCAUGUCGAGCCGAUCCACUCCAACUCAGGCAACCUGGGUGUAGGGGCGAUGCCCGGAGCGCCGAUUGGUGGAGCUGGUACUACGCUUGCGCAGGAUACUACACAGUAUCAGGACGAUGUCGGUACUGUAGAAGAUGGCCGUCACGCGGAGUCGAGUGUGCAAGGCACCGACGCUGGGAGUCAGCCCCCAUACCCAGUGUCCGAAGCGGAGAGGUUGGAGCAACGACAAGCUACUGAGAUGACCUCGCAGCCACAGCCAACUGCUUUUCAACAUGUCGCUUAA